GGAGAAGGCGGCCGUGAAGGAAGGGUUCCUUCGACGCGGCUCCAUUCCCGGCGUCAUCGGAUGCGUGGACGGCAGCCUUAUAGCCAUCAUCGCACCGAAGGGCGAGCAGAAGGCGGCAUUCAUGUGCCGCAAAGGCUACUACGCCCUCAACACAAUGUUCAUCUGCGACGCAGGCAUGCGGAUCCUCGCCGUCGACCCUCUGCGACCGGGGUCAGAUCACGACGCCCACGUCUGGAGAACUACGUGGUUGCGUCGUCGGUUCCUGGAGGGGCAUAUUGCCAAGGCCGGCGAACACCUCCUCGGUGACAGCGGCUACCCCCUGGAACCAUGGCUCCUGACCCCAGUCACAGGCCACCCUCCCAUACACACUGCAGAAGGCAGGUACAACACUGCACAUGCUGCCAUGCGGUCCGUAGUGGAGCGGUGCAUUGGGCUUUUGAAGAGCCGCUUCCGCUGCCUUCAGCGGUACCGCGCCCUCCACUACGAGCCAGACCGCGCUGCCAACAUCGUUGCAGCAUGUGCAGUGUUGCACAACUUGUGUCUUGAUGAAGGUGACGUGUUGUUCGAUGAUGUUAGUGAUGACAGCAGCAACAGCAGCAGUGACGAUGAAAGUGGCAACCCCUCCCCACAGAGAGUUCCCCGAGUGAGGGCAUCACGCAUGAUGUACCUGAGAGGCUGUGCUGCCCGGGAUAAUGUUAUUAGCUCAUUUGGCACGACACGGCAGCAGCACCAGCACUACCUGAAAAGGGUGCGAAGACGGCUGCGUCGACAGCAGCGCCGACAGCAGCAAUAA